CUUCCUAUAUAUAAUACUAAGUCAGGCACAUGGUUUAACAUUACAACAAGUGGAAUUAUUCCAGAAAGUCGUGUAGGACAUACCGCUACAUUAGUUCCUGAUGGUAGAAUUAUUGUAUAUGGUGGAAUACAUAUGAUUGGAGAAGCUUAUCUUCCACCAAAAGAAGAUUUAAUAGUAUUAAAUACAUCUCGGCCAAUAUAUGAUUGGAAAGUACCUCAAAUACAAAAAAUGCCUGCGUCAAGAUCAACAGAUGAGUUACACAUAUUAGAUAUUUCAAAUGAAGCAGAAUAUAAAUGGGUAACCACGAUGGAUAAACCUGUUUAUCAUCAGAACGACCAAAUUCAAGAAUAUCAUAAUGAUUUCCAAACACCCGCUUUGACAAUUUCUUCACAGGAAUAUAAACUGGUACCGGACCGGCUAAUUGGCUAG